CUCGGCUUGAGCAACCCUUCGCCCCGCCUCGUUGACGUAGGCCCCCCCGUGCGGUGACGGAGGAACUAUAUAUUCCGUCCACACGUCCCGCGGUUCACAGGCGCUGCUCUGUCCCCCCAUCCUCGCCGUCUCCUGUCUUCAGACCACGAUGGCAACCUUAAGAGCUCUACGUAAACUGUGUCAGCACUCACAGCAACAGUUGUGCAGUCUGCACACGUCCGCCAUCAGACAGGAGGCUGUAGUCAUCUCGGGGAGAAAGCUAGCACGACAGAUCCGUGAGGAGGCCCGGGUCGACGUGGAUAACUGGGUGUCGUCCGGCCACAGGAGGCCCCACCUCAGCGUUGUGCUGGUGGGGGACAACCCCGCCAGUCACUCCUACGUCCUAAACAAGACACGCUCGGCCGCCGAUGUCGGAAUCAGCAGCGAGACCAUCCUAAAGUCCUCAAGCACCAGCGAAGAAGAGCUGCUGGAUUUAAUUUAUAAACUCAACACGGACCAUCAGGUCGACGGCCUCCUGAUCCAGCUACCUCUGCCAGAUCACAUCGACGAACGCAGAAUCUGCAACGCCGUGUCCCCCAGCAAGGAUGUGGACGGUUUCCAUGUGGUCAACGUGGGCCGCAUGUGCCUGGACCAGUCCACCAUGCUGCCCGCCACUCCCUGGGGGGUCAUGGAGAUCAUCAAACGCACAGGUAUUCCUACCCUUGGAAAGAAUGUUCUGGUCGCCGGCCGCUCCAAAAACGUGGGCAUGCCGAUCGCCAUGCUGCUGCACACGGACGGGCGGCAUGAGAGGCCUGGCGGAGACGCCACCGUUACCAUCACUCACCGCUACACUCCUAUAGACCAGCUCCGGCAGCACACUAAGAUUGCUGACAUCAUCGUUGCCGCAGCAGGGAUUCCAAACCUGAUCACGGCGGACAUGAUCAAAGAAGGAGCGGCUGUCAUCGACGUUGGGAUCAACAGAGUGCUGGACCCCGAGACGGGCAAGAGCCGGCUGGUGGGAGACGUGGACUUUGAAGGUGUUCGACAGAAGGCAAGCUUCAUCACCCCGGUGCCCGGGGGGGUUGGCCCCAUGACGGUGGCCAUGCUCAUGAAGAACACCAUCAAGGCGGCCAAGAAUGUGCUGCUGUACCCCCCCGAGAGGGUCCGCAUGGCCGCCCUGUCAUAGAGACCCCGCGCUGCACGGACCCAUCAGCCCAGUACAUUCCACUAUUGAAUCACACUGCCCUCCAAAACAGUUUUUUGAUUUUACCCUUUUAACCCCCUGGUUUUAAGUUGUUUUUGUCCCAAAUCAAAGAUGUGAUACGAUGCCAGCCUGUUACGUUCGGAUCACAGUGACGUUACACACUGCCUCAAGAUCCUCGUUACUUUUAACACUAAAGGUGGUUACAUUUAUUUCAUGCAAGUUUGUUCACAGUUGAACGAUUUGCCAGUAUUCAUCCCACCUCAACAGGAUUUUAUACUUGGGAGAAGUUUAAAAUUGUUUAUUUGUAUAUCCACAUAAUUUAAUAUUUAAAAGGCACACGAGGCAGCAGUAUGUAAUGUUGAUUUGGCAAGGAAUUCUGGACAAUGCCCGGUUGUGAGUUUGUUUAUAUUUUUUUCAGAAAGCUAAAGGGCUUUCGUAUGCAUUUGUAGGCAAUAUUUUGAAAUAAAUAUUCCAAUGC